AUGUCCUCAGUCAGCGGCUUCCUCCGCCGUAAUUGGCAGGCUUACUCUCCCCCAGAGCCACCAAAGAACGCCAACGCUAUAAAGUUUGGAAUUCUUGGUGCAGCAAAUAUUGCUGCAACUGCUUUGAUCACACCGGCGAAAUCUCACCCCGAUAUUAAGAUCUAUGCUGUAGCGGCUCGUCAGAAGGAAAAGGCCGAGGCAUAUGCCAAAAAGCACAAUAUUCCUCACGUUUUCGACAGUUACCAAGCAAUCCUCGAUGACCCCUCCGUCGAUGCUGUCUAUAUCCCCCUUAUCGUUACCUUACACUGUGAAUGGGCCAUCAAAGCAAUCGCCAAAGGAAAGCAUGUGCUACUUGAAAAGCCAGCCACGGUCAAUGCAGCUGAAGCAGAGAUGCUAUUCCGUUCGCCAUUGCUACGACGGCCUGAUGCGCCCGUUCUUCUCGAAGCAAUGCACUUUCGCUUCCAGCCGAGUUGGCAAUAUUUCCUCAGCCUGGUCGACCGUCAGAACAUACAAACUGUUGAUAGCGUUGCGCUAUUACCAUCCUAUAUUAUACCCAAGGGUAAUGCACAGCUCGAAUACAACUUGGGUGGCGGUACUAUGCUUCAUCUUGGCACAUACCCUAUGUAUGCACUGCGUCAGAUCAUGGGUCGGGAGCCUGAAGAAUGUAUGGCAUGCAGAAUUAGAAGCGUCCCUCCUCCAGGAGAUCUCUGCGAUGAGUUUGCUGAGACAAGAUUUCGUUUCCCGAAUGGACGAAUUGGAAACGCGAUAAUUAACGCACGAGGAUCAAUCACCACUUUUCCAACAUUCAAUAUAUCAGUGUGUCAUAAAGAAAUCAAGUUGGACGAUAUGACACUCCCAAAAGAACAGACUAAAUGGAAGCUCAGGAAGCUGAGCGUCAGCAACUUCCUUAUAUCAUCCUUUUGGCACCGCAUUGACAUCGUGGAUGAGUACACCAUUCGGGAUGACAGGAAUGAUACAGACUUGAAGAAAUGGACAGUCAAACAAUCCAAGAAGGUCUAUACAUUCAAAGAUGCCGGGAUUGAUCAGCCGAGUGAGCCGUUUUGGUCGUCAUAUCGCCAUUUGCUGGAGCAGUUCGUCACCCGUGUUCGUGGGAAGCAAGGUUCUGGACUCUGGGUCGGCCAUGAAGACAGCAUUGCGCAGGCGAGAAUGAUCGAUAUGGCUUACGAGAAGUCUGGACUACCCUUGCGACCAACAAGAGAGUUUAGACUGGAAGAUUAUUCGGCUAGUUUGUUGGGGUGA